AUGAGGUGGGACUACAAGGUCUUCAGCACGGCCGUCCUUGCUGGCGUCCUGGGCUUCCCCCUCGCGAGCGCAAGUGUUGGUGCACAACAACCUUACAGCUUAGUCGAAAGGCGGCAGACAACCGCGGCCUGCUCAGAUGGCUCGACGAUCAAAAGUCUCUGGCAGGUCACCGAGCUGAAUGUGACAUACACCGGGAACGAGCUGGUGCGGCCUGGCAACGCCUCGUUCACGAUAACCAACAACCUGACCAACACGACGGAGCGGGUGCGCUGCACGCUGCGUGCAAACUAUCUCUGCGAAGUCAGUGGAACAUUGGGCAACGAUUCGCUCCACCUGUGGCUCCAAAUCAACCUGGACGUGGCUACCUUUACGCUGAACCAGUCGGUAGCCUGCAGCAACGAAGGCAGCACUCAGUCGGCCUACGCAAUUGGAACUGCCGAGCUGUAUCUCACCUGCCUCGAGCCAUACAUCGAUGAAGACAUGUCGUGCUAUGCAGAGGGUGGCGCUGACGGAUUUGCUGAUGGCGUUGUCACGCUCCAAAGUCCCUCGGGGAUGGCAACAAGGCAUAUUCCUACACAAAAUAAGGGUCAACUUUCGAAAAAGAAGGACGUGAAGUCAUCUCAUGAACGCACUUUACCGCGUAACCCAUUUGGGGCUAGGAGGAGAUUGCCUGUCGCGCCUGUCAUGCUGGAAGAGGAAUAG